AUGUGUCGAAAUUACUUCAUCACUAGCCUUAUUUUGCUACAAGCUACAUUGACUGGUGCAAAAAAUGUGAACUAUCUGCACCGGCGUGCUAUCUCAAGCUCUGCUGGUAUUAAAUCCACUGGAAUCGAUACAGUCUCUUCUUCAGCACUACCAGUUGUAGUCGGUCAAUCAGCCUCAACCGCCUCUAUUGCCUCUGAAUCUAUUGCCAGCUAUACUGUGACUUUGUCAUCGAUAUCCAUUGCAGAGCCUUCUCCAACGAGCAGCUCACAAGAAGUCGUUGUGACCAAUCCUGAUGAUUCAUCCCAAUCGGUGACUUUUGUAAAAGAGGAUGUUCCCGCAGAUGUGCAAGAUCAAUUGCCCUCUAUCUCUGUAGGCACCUUGCUACCGAUCACUUUGAUCAUUGGGGGUAUUGCAACGCCAGUUCUCGUGAGCUCAGCUGCCACUAUGGUCGUUCCGCUCACUGUGCCAGCUUGGCUGACGGUAGCAAUGUUCCCAUCACCAAGUAGUAUCUCAGAAACUACUGAUAGCUCAGAAGACUCAACUGCUACGACAAAUUCCGCAACAGACUCAGCCUCGGGAACAUCGAUAAUCUCGAUUAGCUUCACUAUUACAACAUCUAUUGCGCUUACCGUUGACGCCGCUCAAGCCUUUGUUUCUGGAUCAGAUCCUAUCUCCACCUCAUCAACACUUAUAACUAGCACCCCUGUCACCCCAAGUACUACCACUUCUAUCAAGAGUACUUUCACGUGGACUUACUCUACUCCCACCACGACUGCUACCCCUACCAUCAGGAAUACUUACACCUCGAGUGUCUACUCUUCUUCCAGUACUGGUACUUCCUCUACUCCUACCACAAGUACCUCUGCUUCCACUACAAGUACUUCCUUUACUCCUACCACAAGUGCCUCUGCUUCCACUACAAGUACUUCCUUUACUCCUACCACAAGUGCCUCUGCUUCCACUACAAGUACUUCCUCUACCAUUACCACAAGUACCUCUACUCCUGGCUCCACGACUACAUCUGCUUCAUCAGGGCCGACCCAAGUAUGGGGUAAUAACCAAGGCUCCAGUCAAUGCAGCUCACUUUCUGGAGCAUGCAAAUUAGCCUAUGCCCAGUACGUGGACGAUUUUACUUAUGUCGCGAAGACCUCAUAUACGUGGACAGUUCAUAGUGAGAGCAUGGUAUAUUCUUCUGUCUCCGGCUAUGGCUGUGCUGCCAGUUUUUCUUGCAAAGAUUACACCGUCGGCAUGACUGGAGCGGAAAUAAAGCAAGCGUAA